AUGUAUACGGGCCGCACCAAUUCCCGGAAAAGGUCAUCCCGAAGUUCAUCUGCCAGCUUCUCCGGGGCCAGCCAUGGUACGCAUGCCGGCGCCCACGGGCAGGGGAGCGGGCGAGGGAGAGUUGCUUCGGUGCGCGGGGAAUCCCGCGGUAGCGCCAGAAACUGUGUCUCACACCAUGGCCGAUCCUUGCGCCCUGCCUGCUUUCGGCCUGUGAAUGCCCCGUGUGCUGGGCUUUCCUUCUAUAUCACCCCUUUCAUCUCUGCGCCUUGGCCGCGCAGCUGGAUCCACGGGAAUGGGACCCACUCGCGCCGGUACCUGUAUGUCACCGACGCGGUCCGGGCCUUCGAGGCGGUCAUGCAGCGUGGUGCCUUGGGAGACACGUACAACAUUGCCGCCGGCCCGGGCUGCGAGCGGACCACCCUCGAGGUCGGCCGUGCGUGCAUCCACUUCGUCGACCAAAGCCUCGGUCAAGGGACGCCGGCGGCUCUGGCCGAUCACCACGCCAACGACGUGACCAUGGGCGGGAGGUUGGUUUUCGUGCGCGAUCGCGCAUGCAACGACCAGCGCUACCAUGUUGACUCGCGCAAGGUCCAGGCCCUGGGCUGGGAGCCGGAAGUCAGCUUCGAAGAGGGGCUCCAGCGUACUGGUACGGCUUUCUUUCACACCGCCUCGGUGCAUCGGCCGAGAGGGGGGAGGACACAUCAGGGCCGAUCCCCCAGGGAGCUUCAGAAACGAGGGGGAGGGCGAUCGCAGAUGGUCGUUGCUUUGGACCAUAUCUGA